AUGUCCACCGGCUCGGUGAGCGACCCCGAGGAGAUGGAGCUGCGGGGGCUGCAGCGGGGGUACCCGGUCCCCGCCUCCAAGAGGCCGCCCCUCCGCGGCGCCGAGGGCAGCUACAUCUCGCCCAGUGACAACUCGUCGGCCGAAGAGGAAGACCCCGAUGGCGAGGAAGAGCGGUGUGAGCUAGGCGCGGCCGGCGGCGCGGAAGGCUGCAAGAGGAAGCGGCCGCGGGUGGCUGGGGGCGGCGGCGGCAAGAAGCCCCUCCCGCCCAAGGGCUCGGCUGCAGACUGCAAGCAGUCGCAGCGCAACGCCGCCAACGCCCGCGAGCGCGCCCGAAUGCGCGUGCUGAGCAAAGCCUUCUCCAGGCUCAAGACCAGCCUGCCUUGGGUGCCCCCCGACACUAAGCUUUCGAAGCUCGAUACGCUCCGGCUGGCUUCCAGUUACAUCGCGCACCUGCGGCAGCUGCUGCAAGAGGACCGCUACGAGAACGGCUACGUGCACCCGGUGAACUUGACAUGGCCAUUCGUGGUCUCGGGACGACCCGACUCGGACACCAAAGAAGUUUCCGCAGCCAACAGAUUAUGUGGGACCACCGCUUAG